GAGUGAUAUCGCGUCGUUCUUGAAUUCCUCUGAUAAGAAUAAAACUGCACCAACCAGUUCGGGGUGAUCCGUCGUUUGCUUAUUCGCUUUUCCACAACACUCUAAUAAUCCUAGUUAUUAUUCAUUAAUAUUAGUACAAUUAAUAUUACUCGCAUAAUUACGGGUUGCACAACGACACGGUGUGUUAAAUUUACUGUAAAUUUAUAUACGUAGGUAUGUACAAUAGUGCCAAUUUGUGCCAUAGUCGACAGUCGCCUACAUCGCUGAAACGUUAACAAGUAGUAAGAUGCAUAUAUCCUACCACAGUGAAGAUCGUGAAUAGUGAAAUCGUGAAACGUGAUUAUUAUAACAAGCAGAUAAAUUAUUAAUUGAGUGAUCUCAGCAACAGUUUCAUAAUAAACUAAGUACAGCAUAACAACAAUAACAAUAAUAAUAAACCAAGUUGCGUAAUUAAUAUCAGUGGAGAGCUGCUGCUGCAAAACAUCUGAGAAGUCAUGAUGCAGUCAAAGUACUGCUCCAGAAGUUAGAGAAUUUCACAGAUAUUAUUAGCGGCAUCCUGCCUCCUACGCUGCAGCCAGUCACACCCCUAACGCUAAGAUGACAUAGGAUGGGUUGGGCGGCGCUCGGGCGGCGUGCAGGUGGUGGCAGCCGCCCCCCUGUCUCCCCCCUCCUGUCGCUGUCUAUCGCCUCCCUCGCUGGCUCCUUCACCCUAGCCAUUCUCUGCAUCCUUACCCUCACCCUCACCUUGGCGACCCUGGCGCACGCCGAGGACAUCUUCGAGGAGGGGAAAUCGGACAAGGAAAUCCUGGACAACCUGCUGCUGUCGACCCGAUACGACAAGCGGCUUCUGCCUCCGGUUCAAGGUACUCUGCGGCCCCCGCCCCACACCCGCCAAGAUGACUACACCCCCGACCUCGAACCCCAUGACCCAGACCACCCCGAGCACCUCCACCACCACAGGCACAACCAUCAUCAUCACCAUCAUCAAACAUCACCACACAAUCACAGCACACAACAAACUCCCCGACGAAAGGGCACUCUGACCGUGAACGUAAGCGUGCUGCUAUUGAGUCUGGCUUCGCCGGACGAGUCAAGCUUGAAAUACGAGGUAGAGUUCCUCCUGCAGCAGCAGUGGUACGACCCUCGUCUGCGUUACAGCAAUCGUUCGAGCUACGAGUUCUUGAAUGCAAUUCACCACCACAACGAUAUCUGGCUGCCGGAUACCUACUUCAUUAUGCAUGGAGACUUCAAGGAUCCCCUAAUCCCGGUGCACUUCGCCCUGAGGAUAUACAGGAACGGGACUGUGAACUACCUGAUGAGGCGUCAUCUCAUACUUUCGUGUCAGGGUAGGCUCAACAUAUUUCCCUUCGACGAUCCAAUGUGUUCAUUCGCCAUCGAAAGCAUUUCGUACGAGCAAACGGCGAUAACCUACGUUUGGAAGAACGACGAAGGGACCCUUCGCACCAGCCCAAGCCUGACCACCCUGAACGCAUAUCUCAUUCAGAACCGAACCAUACCCUGCCCCAUCAAAGCCAGCUGGCGGGCUGACGGACAGCUGAUACCUGACUACGAGGAUGAUGAUGAAUUCGAUGAAUUUGGGGACUCAAAGUGUUCGCUGUGCCAGCGCAGGUUUGAGGAACAAGGUAAUUACAGUUGCUUGAAAGUUGAUCUCAUUUUCACGAGAGAUCGAGCCUUCUACUUCACCACCGUCUUUAUACCCGGAAUCAUCCUGGUCACAAGCUCUUUCAUCACGUUCUGGCUGGAGUGGAACGCGGUGCCAGCGCGCGUCAUGAUUGGGGUGACUACGAUGCUCAAUUUUUUCACAACCUCAAAUGGCUUCCGCUCGACGCUUCCGGUCGUGUCAAAUUUGACUGCGAUGAACGUAUGGGAUGGUGUCUGCAUGUGCUUCAUUUACGCCAGCCUCCUCGAAUUCGUAUGCGUGAAUUACGUGGGCAGGAAACGGCCUCUUCACAAUGUCGUCUACCGCCCAGGCGAGAAUCCCGUCACCCAGCGGCUCCCGGCGGUGCUCAGCAGGAUAGGCAUAAUAUUGGCCAGCCCCCUGAAACGGGAGGGUGGCGGAGCAACGGUACCAGGGGGUGGAGGAGGGGCGCCGAAUGAAAUCGUCACCUGCACAAAUUGCGGACCGAAUCCAUGCACGCACACAGCAACGAACGGAUGUGCAGCCGAGUGCUGCUUUGUGCAGGUGAGAAAAAAGGAGCCGCCGCAUCCUAUAAGAGUGGCAAAAACGAUCGACGUCAUAGCAAGGAUCACGUUUCCGACAGCCUACGCCGUGUUCCUAAUAUUCUUCUUCAUCCACUACAAGGGAUUCUCCUAGAGUUUGGCAAAUCUACGGAUGAAAACACGACGACGAAAUUUCAAACCCUCAGCGAAUUAUAGAUGCUUUGUGAAGAUUAAUUAUCGACAAGUCGAUAAAUGCUGGCAAUCUCACGUUGCACCGAAGGAAAAUUAAGAAGAAUAAAAUAAAAUACCGCGAGCAUUAAAACCAACUCGUUCCUGAUGCGUUAAUUAUACAUACAUUCGUGACAUAACUAUAAUAGCAAUAAGAAUUAUACAGUACAUACGCAUACUUAGUAUAAAUUAUACCUAUAUGUAUAAUAUAUAAUAAUAUACAUACAAAAUAUAAUAAUGAUAAUCAAUGAACGAUUCGUGUAAGAUUGAAAUGCGACAAAAUAUACCGACGUAACAAGUAGGAAGAGCCGAAAUUAAAUGAAAAUGAAUCGAAAUCAUUGUGCAAUAAAUGCUUAAUUUAAAGAAAAAAUAC